AUGUCCGAUGUUACAUACAUAUUAGUGACUGGCGGAGUGGGUUAUAUUGGUAGUCAUAUUGUGGUAGAGCUGGUCAAUGCUGGAUACACUCCCGUUAUUAUAGACAUAUUUGCCAAUGCUGUUAAAGUUGUUAUUGAAAGAAUGGAAAAGAUCGUCGAUAAACAGCUUAUAUAUCAUGAUAUUGAUAUUUUAAAUAAAUCUGCACUAGAUGAUCUUUUUGCCAAGUAUUCAUUCUAUGCUGUUAUACACUUGGCUGGACUGAAAGCCAUGAGAGAGUCAAUUAACAUGCCAAUAGAAUUUUAUAAAGUGAAUGUGUUUGGAACUCUCAAUAUUGUAGAGUGUAUGAAAGAACAUGGAGUCAAUAAUCUCAUGUUUUCAAGUUCAGGGUCAGUUUAUGGUACUCCACAAUACCUACCUAUAGACGAGAAACACGCAGUCGGUGGUUGUCUGACCCCAUAUGGAAAAUCAAAGUACUUCAUUGAAGAAAUACUAAGAGAUGUCAGCAAAGCGGAAAAGAAUUGGAAUAUCAUUCUUUUUCGAUAUUUUAAUCCAGUUGGUUCCCAUAAAUCUGGUUUAAUAGGCGAGGAUCCUCGAGCCACAAAUCUUAUGUCGUAUGUAGCACAGGUCGCAAUUGGUAGAAAACCACAUUUAAGUGUUUUUGGUGGCGACUAUGAUACUCACGAUGGUACAGGUGUUCGAGAUUAUGUCCACGUUGUUGACCUAGCACUUGGGCACAUUGCAGCACUUAAGCAGUUCACCACCAAAGGUGGAUUAAAGAUCUAUAAUCUUGGUAGUGGAAAAGAAUGUUCUGUCUUAGACAUGGUAAGGGGAAUGGAAAAAGCAUCUGGAAAAAAAAUUCCUUACAAAAUAGUUGAUAGAAAAGAUGGAGAUGUUGGAUCUAGUUAUUCGGACGCGACUUUGAUACAGACUGAAUUAGGAUGGAAACCUGAAAAAAACUAUGAGGAGAUGUUUGAAGAUCUCUGGAGAUGGCAAAAGAAUAAUCCCGAAGGGUAUGAAACGGCUAAUUCCAUAUAA